AUAAAUGUCGCUUGUUCCAUGAAAUCGCUAUGAAAAGAAAAUUGAUUGAAAGUGCAAUUGUUGAAACUGGAAAAAUACCUGAACUAAUAAUCAGUUGUAAUUUGAAAGAAGCAUUUAUGGAGAAAAACAGUGAAAUUGCUGCAGAAAUGAUUGUAAACCAUGUUUUAGAGUGGAAUUGCAAUUUUAAAAUCCGACAAUUUUUAAUGCCGUUUAAAGAUGAGAAUCUUUCUAAUCACCCAGAACUAAAGGAAUGGAUAACUCAUAUUUUGGAACUGGGUGAUCAGUGUAGCCUGUGCUUCCUGUAUAGCUACAAAAAUGUUAUAAUUCAGAUACUUUAUGAUAUGGAAAAUCUCCUCAACUUUGCUCAAAAGCUGCUUUCAAGAAAAGCUUUAAGUAAAGAAGAAAUAAAGGUGCUAGCUGUAACCCCAUCUGAACAAAGACCAAACAUUCUGAUGGAACAAAUGACUAGUCACAAAGAUGUCUGGAAGAUGGGAGAGCUCGUGUUUGCCCUGGGCGAAGAACAAGAUCGGCUACCCAAACUGAAGCCUUUGUUUGAUGAAUUUAACCGAGAGUUUGAGAAAUUCAACAAAGGCCAUGUCCCUAAUUUUGGAACUAUAUUGCCUGCGGAUCCUCUUUCUCAGAACAUGGAUUAUUCCUUAUUUUACCGUCUCCUUCAUCUACUAAUAAUAAAGGGAACUGAGGUCCUUUUGCAGAUAUUUGAUCGGGCUGUACCACCUCAGAUACUGAAGAGGGAAUUACUGAAAAAUAAACGCAUUCUGGAGCCUUAUCACAAGGGUUCAUCUCGGUCUGUGCUUAACUCCGGUGAAUGGAGCUUACUUUACCCACCUAACAAUGAACAGCCCGACUCCAAGAGAUUCGACAUCACGUUACUGGCAUCACUUAUUAGACACCUAAAGAUCCUUCCUGCACCACGCGGUGGAUGGGACGCUGAACCAUUGGCAAAUGAUCACAGCAAAAGUGCAUCUGUAUUGCGUCUUUGGAACUUUCGAAACAAGCUUCUGUUUGAAACUCUGAACACCGGAAUUGAAGAACCUGAAUUUGCCAUUGAGUGGGACAGAAUCACAGAAGUCCUUGUAAGCCUAGGAGCAGAUCGUAAAUCAUUAAAGGAGCUUAAAAAUUGUCCUGUUGAAAAACUCUGGGAGGAUCACCAUCAACUGGCUGGUUAUCUGGGCAAACCUGUAGCCGAUGUCAUGCAGUUGCUGUUGUCAUUUUUCCAACAAGGAACGCCAAUACAGACAAAAGGAGAAAUGUCAACAAACACAACAGGCCUGCCUGCACUUACUGCUACACAGGAGACAAAAGAGCAAACAAUGGAGCCAGCAGACUUGAAGAAUGAUGAUGACUCAAUG